UCUCUCUCUCUCUCACUCCCACAAUCAUAAUCAUCUUCUUCUUGUUGUUUUUUCUCUUCCUUAGAAAUGUUAUUUCAAUGCCUUCUUUGCAAGUCCGUAUGAUCUUCAUAUCUAGUCUUCCGACCGAUCUCAAAGAGAGAGAACUCCAGAACCAGGUGAGAUGGUUGUUGGGCUAUGAGGCUUCUCAGCUGAACUUCAAGGGUGAACAGUCAAUGGGCUUUGCCCUCUUCUCCACUGCCCAUCUUUCACUCGCUGCCAAAGCCGUCAUUCAGGUAUAAUAGUCUUCGGUGAAAAUAAAAUUCUGCUCAUGCCAUCCUCUUUACUCACAUCGAGUAUCUUUGAAUGGUUAAAUUUUUAGGUUUUACAGGACAUGGUUUUCAAUGCAGAAUCCAAGUAUGUUCUUCAUGCAGAGAUGGCAAAGAAUAAUCUUUUCAUCAAAAGAUGUGAUAUUAUUUGUCAAUUUAAGUUCAUACCUGUGGGGUCCAUGUUUGAGUGGUCUAAGCUGAUGAUAUAAUGUGCCCCAUUGCAGAUGAACAUUGCAAGGAAAUCUCCCAGGCUAGUGCAUUCAAAGGGCCUAUUUUCACCCAUGCAGAUGUCGAGCCCGAUAUGGUGGUGAAGGGAAAGACUAUGUACCUAGCUCCAAUGGAGAAAUCAUGUGAUCAAGAUGCUAUCCAGUAUAGGUGUAGAGAGGCACCAAAAGCUGUCAUAGAGCUUGAAAAUUAUGGGUUGCCAUUUUCCCGAACUGAAGAAGGGAAAAUAUAUCAGCUUGCAAUUGGUGGUCAAAGCCUGAAUUUCGGAAAAGGUGGGCAGGCCUAUCGCUAUGCAUGUGCUGUCGAUCGAACUGGUCAUGCUUUAUUGCACAUGCUUUAUGGCCAGGCAAUGAGACAAUACACAGUUCUUCGUGGAAUACUUUUCUUUGGAUCUUAUAAUGGACAGUACGGGUAAGUUACUUUCUGAGUGAUAUAUUUCUCCACCCAAAAAAUUGACCUAAUCUCGCUUUCCUCUGAUUUGAAUUUGAACUUUUUGUGGUUCUCACUUGUCAAACACAUGUUGAGUGUGAUACAAUUGAAUUGCUUCAGUGCAGAUAGAAAGUGCUGAAUGAUUAUCUUUUGAAUUUUAUUUGGCAUUCUUUUCCAUUAUGUGGGAAAUCAUAAGGUGAUAACUUGACAUAUUAAGGUAGGAUACACCAGAUAACUGAA